AUGGCUGAGUUUAGAAAAAUUUGGAAAGCGGAUGAGGCUGGAAUAUAUGGCGGUGACGAGCGCAUUGAUCAUCUUAACAAUAGGGUUGACCAUGAAGAAAAGUUCACCGUCGGACAGAUGGAGGUAACAGCUUUGAAAACUCCUUGUCAUACGAAAGGGCACAUUUGUUACUAUGUUACUCAUCCAGACAGCGACAGCCGCAUCGUUCUCACUGGAGAUACGCUCUUCAUAGCCGGCUGUGGAAAGUUCUUCGAAGGAACUGCUGCCGAGAUGCAUCGCAACUUGAAUGAAGUACUGGCCAAAUUGCCAGAUGACACCCUUGUCUAUCCAGGGCAUGAGUACACCUACAGUAACUUGAAGUUUGCCCAGCACAUUGAGCCAAGCAAUGAGAAUGUGAAACGUAAAUUGGAAUGGUCUGCCCGUUGUCGCGAACGAAAUGAACCAACGGUUCCUUCGACUAUUGCUGAGGAAAAGGAGAUAAAUCCAUUCAUGAGAACUUCAUCGCCUGAAAUCCAAAAGAAAGUCGGUGCCACAGAUUUGAUCGACGUGAUGGCCCGCGUGCGACAGGCGAAAAACAGCUUCAGGGGCUGA